GUCAUUGCUAGUGACUAGGGUCGUCAUCACCAGGCAAAGCUCUAUAUUUCUGGCCAAGUGCUCAGGCAAACAGAAUCGCACAAGACACCUUUCCACGCGCUGUCUGUCGCUGAUGUGCCUGGGGAUUGCAUUCUACCCGUAUGGUGAUCUUUAAGCCUUCCGUGUGUCCGUCCGUCGAACGACAAGUCCUGGAUAACUUCUUCUCGGCCACUUCCCGCAUCACCUUGCUUUAGAACAAAUCCAUCAACGGAGUCACGAGCACCAUGGAUACUCUUCUUACAGCCGACUCGGCUGUUCUUGCACCACGGUACAGGCGCAAGUCGAGCACUUUUGUCGACGCCAUCCACGACCUACCCGAGAAGGAGGAAAUGGCACCGGCCCAGCUCUACAGCACAGAAUCAGGCCGAUUAUUUCACGCUGGUCGCAUCGCGAUUGCUACUGUAGGUCUUCCAGCCCGCGGCAAGACACAUAUUUCGGUGGCACUUGCUCGGUACUUGCGUUGGCUUGGAGUAAAGACUAGGAUCUUUCAUCUUGGGGACUACCGCAGAGCGAUUGUUGGUCAAGGCAUGGACGUGCCCGAUGACUAUUUCUUCGUCAACGCCUCAGCCUCGUCGGUACUGCUGCGGCAGAAGAUAUUGAAGAAAUGCAGAGAGGACAUCUAUCAUUUCCUAAACCACGAAAACGGACAGAUUGCUAUCUACGAUGCUGUCAAUCCGCUUGCUGCGGGACGAAGAUCACUGGCAAAAGAAUUUGCUAAACACGACAUCAAAUGCCUGUUUAUCGAAUCGAGCUGUGACGACCAACGAAUCAUCGAGGAGAAUGUCAGGAGCGUCAAAAUUUCCUCCCCAGAUUAUGUCGGGUGGGACGAAAGUGAUGCCGUCAAGCAUUAUUUGAAUCGAAUGUCAGCCAAGAUACCCCAUUUUGAGACUAUGGAAGAGCCCGACCUUGACUGGAUCAAGAUGAUCAACGCUGGUGAGAGAUUGGUGGUCAACAACACCAGCUUUGGGUAUUUGUCUCAUCGGAUCGUGUUCUAUUUAUUGAAUCUACAUAUCAAAUCUCGACACACGUACUUUGCGAGAGCGGGCGUGACACUGGAAGAAGAGUCAUUUAAGGCUGACGCCCCUUUGUCUCCUGCUGGCAGGGACUACGCAAAGAAGAUGACGAAUACAUUGCUGAAACAUCGAGAGGAAGAAAGACGUGCUAUAAUUGAGAAGGGCGGCCACGAAACCCCGCUGAAACCACUCAUUGUCUGGACAUCGACUCGACGGAGAACAGUAGAAACAGCAGCCUUCCUGGAGAGCAAGAACUUCAAAGUCAGGCAGAGGUCUCAAAUGAGCCAACUCAACCCGGGCGUAUGCGAGAAGAAAUCCGAGCGGAGGAUCCGUCAGGACUAUCCGGAGGAAGUUUUAAAACAUGAUCUCGAUCCCUACCAUCACAGAUUUCCAAGAGCAGAGUCAUAUCACGACGUUGCCGUGCGACUCGAACCGGUAAUUCUCGAAUUGGAAAGGGAGCAGAACGACCUGCUUAUCAUUGCUCACGAGAGUGUCCUCCGUGUGCUCUAUGGUUAUCUGAUGGCCUGCAAUGCGGCUGACAUUCCUUUCCUCUCUUUCCCCCGGGACGAGAUCAUCGAGAUCAUCCCUGCCAGCUAUAACAACGAAGCGAAACGCAUCAAAAUACCUGACCUGCCCCCAGAGAUUAUCCCUGCAUCACCAGAAGGAAUAAAGGCACCAGCCCCACCAAGCGGCUUCGCCACUCCGGUUCCUGGCCUGGGAAGCGGCAUUGCAAGUCCCCGCAUAGGUAUCAGCCGAGGCCCUGGGACGCCAGAGCCUCAAACGUCGGGUUCAAAGACGCCAGAAGAUUCUGAGAACUUGGCAGUCAGGAUGCAUGAUGUUGUAUGAUAAGCUGUUCGAUGGUGGCUUGCUGAAGCUUGAGAUUGACGAGAGAUGUGUGAUGUGCGACGAGGGUGUCAUGUCGGGACGGAAGAGCUGAGCGCCAUUUCAGCCACCAUGCAAUGUAGACACAAACAGAAUAUUGUCGUUGUUGAC